AUGACGAGCGAUUCGGAAGCUUUUGCUACUAAUAUGCCUGCCUCCAAGGCUGUCAUUGAAGAGGGCGCCAUGGUCGCCGUUGCUGCUCAAGAUGACACCCAAAACCCUGUUGGGGAGCCCGAGAAUUUGGAAGAACCGCCGAUGCCAUCGUCCGAAUCCCCAGCUAUUGGCACUGGUGAGAUUUCAGAGGCAAGCAAUAAUGAGAACAACAACUACCAAGAGGGCAAUGUGGAAGAAAAGGAAGAACCUACUGCAACCAACAACAACACAAUGGUAGAUGAGGCAGUUGUUUCUGCCACUGUGGCAACAGAUAUCACUGGGGAUGAUUUGAAAUCAGACGAAGAACCAAAAGUUACCUCUGACACCCAAGAAAGCAAUGACCUUGAAACCGUUCCAUUGCCGCCGACAGGCAGAGCUGGUGAAGACGCCAAUGAAAACACUGCAGAGGUGUACAAGGAACUAGAAACAAAAUUGAGUAGUGAGGAUCCUACGGUAACAAACAAUACCGUGCCAUCCUCCCCGGAUGCUACCAUUGACAGUUUGAAGCAAGAAUCUGUUACCGAAGAGUACGACGACAUUAAUGGAACAGAAGAGCAACAUAAAACUCGGCCACCCAACUGUCCCGGAUGGACCAAAUGGACGGACCAUUUCAUCCAUCAUCAAAUUCCUCGGGCGGUGACAGCUCUAUCCCUACUGGCCAUUCGAAAGCCUCGGUGGACUGUCUGUAUCAUGGCCUUCAUGUCCUUGUUCUUGGUGGUGCUCGGAAUGGCCACCAACUUUCAAGUCGUUGUGGAAGAAUUCGAGGUCUUUGCCCCCUUUGGAGUGCCAUCCAGAGAACACCGGGAAUGGAUCCAGGACACCUCGGGAUUUCCCUCCCCCGAUGUGAUUUUGGCUACCUUGGUUCAUAAGGAUGGAGAAGACAUUGUGACCAUCGAUGGUAUUCAACGCGUCUUUGACGCCCACGAGGCUGUUGUCAAUGAUGCUGAAGGGUAUCACGAAUUCUGCGCUCAAUCUACAUACGUCUACAAUGGCACCAACACUUGCCGCAUCAUCUCUGUCGUUCGAUUCUGGAACUAUAGCCGAGCCAUUUUUGAAGCGACCGUGACUACCGAUGAACAGUUGAACGCCAUUGUCCAGCAAGAGAACUACCCCGACGGCACCCCUGUCGAUAUCGAAACCAUUCUAGGAAACCACAAGAUCAUUGUCAAUCCUGAUGGCACCAAGACAAUGACGGCCCAAUCCUUGGUAAGCGCCUUUUUGCUUCCAAACACGGAACUGGAAGAGGUUCGCGCAUUCGAAACAGUGGCACUGGAAGCACUGUUCCCAGUCCAAGAUGAAAUCAACGACAACCCCGAAAAGUACAACAAGUAUAGCCUCGAAGUACAAAGCGAGCGGUCCUAUCCGGACGAGUUUCUCAGAGCCAUUGUCAAGGAUUUUCCGUUGCUACCGUUUCUCUACAUUAUCAUGGUCAGUUUCACAAUGGGUAUUUACUUUCGACGACAUCCUGUACAAUCCCGUGCGCUCUUGGGUGUGGCAGCUGCCGUGACAGUUUGUUGCUCUAUCAUGUCUGGCUUUGGUUUGAUGUUCAUUUUUGGGGUGCCGUUCACCAACUUGACCAUGUUGGUCCCAUUUGUCAUUUUUGGGGUGGGCUUGGACGACACAUUUAUCAUUACCGGGGGUUUCGCAAGGACCAACCCAGAGGAUGAUAUCGAGGAGCGCAUUCGGCAGACUCUCAAAGAUGUGGGUCUCAGCAUAAGCGUCACGACCAUAACCACGACCGUGGCCUUUGGACUUGGCAGUGUCAGCAAUAUUCCAGCAAUCAGGUGGCUCUGUCUCUAUUCAAUGACGACUAUCGUCGUGGACUUCAUCUACCAGAUCACCUUCUUCAUCGCCAUUCUCGUCCUUGACGCAAAACGUAUUCAACAAAAUCGCAAAGACGUUUGUGUUUGGAUCACUGUCGACGAGAGUGAUGACCAGAAGAAUGCUCCGAGCGCCUUCGACGAUGAGUCACCCAAAGCCCUCCAGGAAGUACAAGCACACUCACCCGCUCCGAAACAUCAACCAAGCUUUGUGGACCGUUUCAUGGUCUGCGCCUCCUUGCUACGACAAGAGUUUCAGGUGACAGAGUUGGUGCCGAGUGAUUCCUACGUUGUCUCUUUCCUCGAUGCUUUCAGUUCCUACCGUUCCCGAUCACUUCCUGUUUAUGCUUACUUUCGUUUUGUUGACCAGUCGGACCCGGGCAUGCAAGAACAAAUGGUCCAAUUCAUCGAAGACCUCGGUGAGCUGGAUCAAAUGGCUGACCCUCCAUUUUGCUGGAUCCGUGAUGUUUUGUCUUAUACAGAGAACGAAACCAUUGGAGAAAGGCUAGGACUAGACCUUCAAGCACUGACCUUCAAUCAGCAAAUGGAUCUUCUAUUGUCAAACCCCACGAUUGAGGAGCUCUAUGGCCAAGACAUUGUCAGGGAUGCCAAUGGAAACAUCACAGCAUCUCGUUGCCGCAUGUACACAGAGAACUUGAAUUUGGACGUUGUGCAAGAUCAAAUUGAUUUCCUACAUGCCCAAGUUAACGUGACGACCUCUCAACCUGUGAAUCAAGGCAGAGAAAAUUGGGCAUUCUUCAGCUACGAUGACUUCUACCUCACGUGGGAGUUCUAUGAUUCAAUUGUACAAGAAUGGAUCAUCACUACAAUUGUGGGCAUCAUUGCAGUAACUGUGGUCGGCUUCUUCUGCAUCCCAGACUGGACGGCAUCAUUCUUUGUAUUGCCAAUGAUAGCUAUUCUCUAUGUUGACCUCGUUGGUGUCAUUCAGUUUUCGGGUCUCUACAUCAACAUUGUGACGUACGUUGCGCUGGCCAUGUCGAUCGGGCUUCUGGUCGACUACAUUGUACAUAUCUUGCUUCGCUAUUACGAGUCUAAGGGGGCGACGAGGGAGGAGAAAGUCAAGGACACCCUCCGAACAAUGGGCUCCGCAGUCCUGAGUGGAGGUCUGUCAACCCUUUUGGGUGUCGUUCCACUUGCAUUCAGCAGCAGUCAGGUGAUGCGGACGGUUUUCGUCACCUUUUUUGCCAUGGUUGCCAUUGGUUGCUCCCAUGGGCUCAUCUUUCUUCCGAUCGUGCUAUCGUAUCUUGGACCCGAAGCGACUGUGGUACCAUCUGAACCAAGAUCUUUGCCUGAACCAGUGCCAACACCAACAACAAACGUGGACAAGGACACCGCCCCGCAACAAAAUGCUGAACAACCGAUGCAACUGCAACAAGUAAAUUCGUACGAGGGGGCAAUUAGUGUCUAA